UUAUCGGCCCUUUUAUCGAAGGUAUUCGACGUACUAGGUGAUUUUAGGACGAUGAAAACUAGAUGGAGAGCAGGAGCUAAUCCCGUGAGUGACGGAGCGCAUCAAGUGAUUCGCAAAAAAGGAAAGGUUGGCGUCACGCUGCGCGAAAAAUGUAUCCGUCGUGCUGCGCACACUUCCUGCCAAACUGCAGAAGUCAAUGAUAUCCCUGAAGUUCGAAAUGCAGCCCCUUUGCCGGUUGUGAAGGAAAUAGAAGCAGAGAGCAGCGAUUCCGGCAUCUCUACCGAUGACGAAGACGAUCACCUGGUCGCGGAAAGCAAUCUCAUGGUUCAAGUUUCCCAGCGACUACCACCGAAAUCGGUAGAUCGUGUUGAUGAGAAUUGCAAUCAGCAUUGCAUCACGGUUGCUGAAUCUUGCAAGUAUUCCUGUCAAUGCGUAUCUGAUGGGGAGGUUAUCUGUAGCGAAGCUGAGUGGUGCCAGCAAGUGAUCUUGCGUGGUGACCAGCUUGAGAGUGGACUGUUUCUUGCAAGCCAAGAGAACAUUGUGUCCGCAGCGAACGAAGAAUUACUGAAUCCUUACGUGUUCAUCAGGAAGCUACCACACUUGAGUCCAAGAUUGCGAGCGAGAACUCCAGCUCUACCUCUGAAAACGCGAUCAACUCCGGAGUUCACCCUGGUUCUUGAUUUGGAUGAAACGUUGGUUCACUGCAGUUUGGAAACCAUGGAAGGAUCUUCACUUUCGUUUCCAGUCAGAUUCCAGGAUAUUGUGUACAAAGUAUUCGUACGGACCCGUCCUCAUUUUGAAGCAUUUCUCGAACGAGUGUCACAAAUGUUCGAAGUUAUUCUCUUCACUGCUUCUAAGCGAGUCUAUGCUGACAAGUUGAUGAGUUUAUUGGACCCUGAUCGUCGAUGGAUCAAGCAUCGUUUGUUUCGGGAGCAUUGUUUGCCGAUCAACGGAAAUUUUGUGAAGGAAUUGUCGAUUCUUGGAAGGGAUCUGAAGAAAACGAUCAUCGUCGAUAAUUCGCCUCAGGCUUUUGGCUACAAUUUGGACAAUGGGAUUCCUAUUGAAAGCUGGUUCACGAACCCGGAGGAUUGUGAGCUUCUGAAGCUGUUACCUUUGCUCGAGGAACUGGUCACUUUGAAUGAUGUGCGUGCUCGGAUCCGAGAAGAAUUCAAGCUAAUUGAAAAAGUGCGGAGUACACGUUUGAAUCGCCAGCCCAAGAUAAUUGCUGGGGCAAUUGUCACGAAUCGAGCGGAUUUCAAUUAUCUCGCACGAAUAGACGUCGAUUUCGGCCCCCAGCCCUACAACUUUGCUCGUUACACUUGUAGUGGUGCUCUGGUGACAGUGAAUUACGUAAUCACGGCUGGACAAUGCGUUGUACAACGCAAAACCAAUUAUUAUCCAGAGAGAAUUCAAGUUGCUCUGGGGGAUCUCAAUGCCAAGAAACCUGAAAACGGACAACAGUUCUCAGACGCCGAUGCCUUGGUUCACCCGAAUUUCAACAGAGACUCUUUACUGAACGAUAUUGCGUUACUCAAACUGAAAACUCCAGCAACUUUGACAACCAACAUCGGCCUCAUCUCAGUAGAAACCAACACGUUGACGAAUCACGACGGUCUGGAUGUUACCAUUUCUGGUUGGGGCAAAUACAAGAAAGUCAGCACUUACUCCAGUGAACUCCGAAGUGGGGUAGUACCCGUGGUGAACCUGCAGACCUGCAGGGACAGGUGGACAUCAGGCAGUACUGCGGCAGAAGCAGACACGAUCCAAACCACCAACAUUUGCUAUGGCGGAGAUUCUUCUGAAACACCUUGUUACGGUGAUGCUGGUGGCCCAGUUGUGCGGGCCAUCACAACGGCUGGAGUCACGACGAAUACCUUGAUUGGGAUAAAUUCCAAUCACCUCAAUCGCUAUUUGGAUCAAAGCACACAACUCAUUUUAACUGAGAUUUGCAGGACGGAUCUUCCGGCCGUCGGGACAAGGAUCGGUUCUUAUUAUGCUUCAUUUCUCGUCCCCAAUAGUGAUAUUCCAUAACUUCUCUAUUGUCUUUUAUUAUGCAAUGUACCAGAAAAAAAGGGGAUACGACAGUGACAUCAUUUCGGCACCCGGUGUUUUCUUCAUCAUGACGUCGUUUUCUUCCGUGGAGUAGAAGUGAGAAGAUAGUAGGACCCCGACAUACGGAC